AUGGAGGAGGAUAGGUCUUCAAACAUCCCUAGGAACUUAUCUAAUAAUGAUCCAAACGUCAAUAUUGGUAAAACGUUUUCGCUGGAUUCUUCGAUAGUUCAGCCACCACCAUCCCCACCACUGAUAAUUUUGAUAGUUCAUACUACCAUAGUUCCAUUCAACCCACCUACAUUUGCAGGAAUCUUACAACAACCCAUCAAUAUUUUAUUUUCUUCUCAAUCUACUGAUGAUGAGAUCAAUAUUGAAGAAGAUGAGCGAGUUGAAUUUUUUUGA